UAUUCACAACACAACAACAUGCAUUCAAAUCAACGGCAUUUGGUAAUAUAAUUGACUCAAGCUUCUUCUUCCUCUCUCUCAAAAACUCCAUCCCUCUCUCUCUCUCUACGCUCAUACGAUCGGUUUCUUCCGGAGAUUUGCAAGAGAAAAGGGUGAGCUUUUUGAGAGUUGGAGAUUAGAUAGUGAAAAAUGAGUGAAAUGAAGGCUAGCACGCCUUUGAUUCCGGCCUCGUCUUCGAAUAAGCUCCCUGAUUUCAAAAAAUCUGUGAAAUUGAAGUAUGUGAAGCUUGGAUAUCAUUACCUCAUCACUCAUGGAAUGUACCUAUGUUUGUCUCCUCUGUUGGUGAUCGUUGCGGCUCAGCUGUCGACAUUUUCUCUCCAGGACCUUUAUGUGCUUUGGGACCACCUCCGGUUCAAUCUCAUAUCAGUUAUUGUUUGCUCCACCCUCUUGGUCUUCUUGACGACUGUGUAUUUUGUCACGCGUCCUCGCCCUGUAUAUCUUGUGAAUUUCUCGUGUUAUAAGCCGGAUGAGGAUAGAAAGUGCACCAGGCAGAUUUUCAUGGAGAGGUCCAAGUUGACUGGCAAUUUCACUGAUCAGAAUCUUGAGUUCCAGAGGAAGAUUCUUGAGAGGUCGGGCCUUGGUGAGGAUACUUACCUCCCCGAGGCUGUCUUGAGGGUUCCACCGAAUCCUUGUAUGGCAGAAGCGAGGAAAGAAGCCGAGAUGGUGAUGUUUGGUGCAAUUGAUGAGUUGCUUGCGAAGACCUCUCUGAAGCCAAAGGAUAUUGGGAUUUUGAUUGUGAAUUGCAGCCUUUUCAAUCCCACUCCCUCCCUGUCUGCAAUGGUCAUCAACCAUUAUAAGCUGAGGGGGAACAUUAUUAGUUAUAAUCUAGGCGGGAUGGGUUGUAGUGCUGGUUUGAUAUCAAUAGAUCUUGCGAAAGACCUGCUGCAGGUGCACCCCAACACUUAUGCUCUGGUUAUCAGCAUGGAGAACAUCACGCUCAACUGGUAUUUCGGAAAUGAGAGAUCCAUGCUCGUUUCCAACUGCCUCUUCCGUAUGGGAGGAGCUGCCAUUUUGCUUUCAAACAAAAGAUCUGACUACAGGAGAUCCAAGUACCGGUUAGUGCAUACAGUCAGAACUCACAAAGGUUCUGAUGACAAAUGUUUCUCCUGCGUCACGCAGAUGGAGGAUCCUAAUGGGAAGGUAGGAGUUUCUCUGUCGAAGGAUUUGAUGGCUGUGGCUGGUGAUGCCUUAAAGACCAAUAUCACAACGUUGGGCCCUCUUGUGCUACCCAUGUCCGAACAGUUGCUUUUCUUCGCCACAUUGGUGGGGAGAAAGUUGCUGAAGAUGAAGCUGAAGCCCUACAUCCCGGAUUUCAAACUGGCCUUUGAACACUUCUGCAUCCAUGCUGGUGGAAGGGCUGUGCUCGAUGAACUGGAAAAGAAUCUUCAGCUGUCUGAAUGGCACAUGGAGCCUUCAAGAAUGACUCUAUACAGGUUUGGAAACACUUCCAGCAGCUCCCUCUGGUAUGAACUGGCGUAUUCGGAAGCCAAGGGAAGGAUCAAGAGGGGAGACAGGACGUGGCAGAUCGCCUUUGGAUCUGGUUUCAAAUGUAACAGUGCUGUGUGGAAAGCUCUCAGGACUAUAAAUCCAGCAAAGGAGAAGAGCCCGUGGAUAGAUGAAAUCGACAAAUUCCCCGUAGAGGUUCCGAGGGUCGCAGCUAUAUGAUUCUUAUUCCUUGUUCUUCAACUUGCAGCGAGCUACUACCCGAAUUGCAGAUUUGCAGUUACCUUGUUUUCUUCUCUCAAUUUCUUAUGCAAAUGCAAGUUUGGCAUGAAUUUAUUGUUGGUAGGUGCUAAGAAUUGGAAGGCUUGUUUGUAUUUUAUCUCCCAUUAGAAUUGAUCUGAGCUAGCAUUUUUUGGCAUUCUUGGAGACAGGAGGGGUGAUGUAUUUAGACGAUUGGAGCCACCUUAACAGGAUACUAGGCUUCUCAUUUUGAGGAAACUGCUGUCGGAAUAUGUAUUAAUUUUAUCUCUUGAUAAUGAGUUUCUAAUUUUUAUUCAA